AUGACAAUACAGCCAGAAGCAGAGUAUCAUAUUCCAGAAAAGUUUAUAUUUGCAGCUGGGCCACUAUUUAUAACCCACACCACAAAAGACAAUCGGUCAUGCGUCCAAAUAUAUAAAUAUCCAAAUGUUUAUCUUCAGUGCUUUCUAUUCCGCACAUCUGUCUAUGAGAGUGAUAUAGACAUUAUUAUAGAUAAAGAAAAAAGCAGUAUUAGAAUAACCAAUAAUGUAGAUAGAGAGGUGUAUAUACAUAGUAUACAAAAUAUUAUGCCUCUAUUUGAGGAGGUUUAUUCGGAUGUGGGUGUCUCUGUAAGAAAUGGUGCAUACACAAAAGGGGUGUGCACGCCAACUGUGUAUAUACAUGGCUGUAGGGUAUUUUCUAUUGAAAGUAAGGAAGUGGAAGAGUUCUACUAUAAUACAGAGCAAAUGAAGUUGUAUACAUAUUCUCCUAAGAUUUCAGCUAUUACAGAGUAUACUCUUUUUACUGUAGAGAGAAUAUACCCCAGAGGAAUAUGCUUUAUAUCCCCUGAGCAUGCGUCUGUCUAUCUUCCAGAGAAAAAAUAUACUAUUCCAAUUGAAUAUUCUCCUGCUUCAUCUAUCUCAUUCUUUUAUAACAAUCAAACACUGCGGCAUAUUCUAUCAUGCGACGGCCUGAUUAUGUACAGAAAUCAGUUUAAGAGAUAUCCAAAUGACUUUAUUCCUUCUGGCGUGUGGAAGAAGCACUUAUAUAUAUAUUUAUUUUCUGCUGAGAAGAAAAGGCUUUUAGUUCUUAACUCAAACCUUGAAAUAGAGUUUGAUAUGGCAGCAUCUCAAGUAUUCGUGACAGACGACUAUAUUUUCAUUUCCAAAAAAGAAAACACCGUUGCACACCAUAUAAAGACAUUUAAAUUUGCAUUUAUUCUGCCAGGGUUUGUAAUUUCAAAUGAUGUUGUGUCUAUUGAAGAGAUAGGGGAGAUUCUAUUAGUAUUUACCACAGAAAAGAUCAUAAAGCAAACAACUCCUCUUUUCUCACUAUUCAUCACAGAAAUAAAUAUAAACACAAAAGAAAUCAAAGAAUUUACUGCAGUGCCUCAAAAGGAAUUCUUUAUUACACAAACGCAAUGCAUUAAUCUGUUCAAGAUUAGUCUGGAGAAAGAGAAACCACACAUUAUCACAGGAAUACAAAACAUAUCAAUCGCAAAGAAGGGCAGCAACUAUGUAGCAUUUGGCAUCUCUGGGAAUAACAUACUGUUUUUCUGGAUGGAUAAUAUGGCAUCUGUCUCUAUUGAGUUUAUUAAAAAGCCAUUUGCUAUAGAAAAGGACUCUAAGAAAGAAGAAGAGCUGCUCGCGGGGUUAGCCGCGUGGAUAGACCCAAUUACAGGCACUCUUUAUACCGUGAGAGAAUGUCUUUACAAAGAGUCAAUAUUUCCUAUUAUUAUACUGCUUUGUACUAGGAACAUUCUCCCAUUUUCUUUGGCAUUUGAUAUAUUUUCAAACAGUGCAGAAUAUAAGACUAGCGUAGAGCGCACUUUAUUCCAUUUCUUGCACAUAGAUGAGAUAGAGCUAGCGAUAGAUCUGCUAGAUGCAGUUAAAACAUAUGCACCACACACGUAUGAGGAGAUAGUUUCAGUAAUGGUGCGCCUGCUUGAUGAGAAAAACACAAAGAAGCUCUACCAUAUAAUAGAUCCAGAGGAAAUAAGCGGAUUUAUAUGCGCAGAGUCACUAAGCAGACUAAUACUGCAGGACUUUAGUCUUUUUAAAAGAUUUGUGAGUAGUGCAGUUUUGCAGAAAAAAGAGCAUCUUGUAUAUAACUUUGUUGAGUUUGCGUAUAAAAUAGAUGAUAAACAAUUGCACAGCCACAUGCUCUCGUGCCUACUCGAUAAUACAAUGCUAUACUUAUCUGGAAUGCUUUUGUCAAAAAUCGACAGAAAUAGUAGUAUAGACACCCAUGUAGAUGCAGAAGAAUUAGUAAAUACUUAUAAAAAGACAAACCAUCUAAUAGAACAGAUAAAAGACACACAGGAGCCAGCAGAAAUAUUAAAAGACAUAUUCACAGGAACAGACGCACUGUUAAUAUCCAUGAUAUCCGAAAAGCUCUAUAUAAUCAAGAGCGCGCCAUGAAUUAUGGGCGUCUGGUUAUUUGGGGUGAAAUGGCUUAUACUAGCCAUGCACGCGCACACAUUAUUGUUA